GCCUUGGGUAUUUGGAGAAGACGCGGGUUAGGCGGAGAGAGUUGGAGAGUCUCGAGGAGUAGGAAGGAGGAAAAGUGGCAGAAGAGCAGCUUAAGAAAACGGUUUUUCUGUGCGCCACGCGGCACGUGUGAUGAGCUUACUGUUCGGUCGGUGUGGACUGGGAUGGACAUUUCGUUGUGCUUCAGUACGCAUGAACCUUAGCGUAAGCUUCAUACCUACCAUCGCACCCCGACGGGUAACCGUCAAACCUAGCAUGCGGGAGCUGCAAGAGGGUCGACACAAUGGACUAUUAGGUAUGCACUCGAUAAAAGGUGUCCGCCCCGCGUAUGGUAGUGGUGGCCAGUGUUGUAGUCGUCGUCGAAUGCGAGGUACAUAUACACUUGUAGCUUCGAAUUUAUACUUCGGCUUGGAGCUCGUAAGCGAUGCUAACCCAAGAAUCACCGUUCGUUCGCUAUCGCAACGCCGUCAUCCGGCGGCAGUAGGGUUUCGCUGCCGCAAAAACAUGCUUCGAAAUGGCUCCGUGUCGCGCCAUAUAUCCUGGACUCUAAGCAGAGGUUGCAAACCGUGCCGAUUGCGCUCACUUCGUCGUAUCAAAUAGCGUAAGCGAAGGUACGACGAAUGAAAGCGGGCGUUAGGGAAGGAGCAGUUCAGGACACUACUACACCACCGGAAAUAGACUGCUCGGGGCCCAACGCUUCUCGC